ACGACACCAGUGACGAUCACUGGGAUGACAGCGGCAAAAGCGGAGUGCAGCAGGAGCUCGCGGGCAGAGGGACGGCUUCUUGCUGAUGUUUCUACUCCCCCCAGUGCCCCUGCUUGGAGCGCAGCUGGAGCUCGCGCGCUGCAAGUUGCAACACGCGGUGGAAGCCUCCGCACCGCAUAGGCGCAGGCAGAAGCAGCAAAGGCGCAAGCAACACAAGUGCAGACGCUUGGACCAACCGCCACCACCACCUCACCUUCUCCAGUCAAGGCUUUUGGUGACUUUCAGUGACAUUCAUUGCCACCUGGCAGCUGGAUAGUGAUCUAGCAUCUCCCUCAGAUCGGAAGCCGAUCAUGCUGCGAUGGCGUUCCUUGUGGUCUUGCGCCAAGAAUUUAUACAGCAAUCCUGCAAAUGCAGUAGACUUUAUUGCACACCCUCAACCAUUAGUUGCAGAAGCGGAUAGGGUGUACCGAGAUCCUGAUAGUGGUACCUGGUGGUGGUUUGCACAGCAAGAUCUGCCGGAGGGUGCAUCUGUUGUAGCUCUAAUUGUGUACUCCGAUGAAACCAACCUCUCGAAAGAUGGAUCAGUCACCGGUUGGCCAGUGUACGUGUCGCUGGCCAACAUUUCAUCUGGAAAUCGCUGGAAACCACAUGGAAGGCGCCUUGUAGCUCUGCUACCGAAGGUGACUGAAGACAUGCUUGCCCCUGGUAGCUGCAUCGUCCGAAGACGCAUGGAGAUCUUUCAACAGGCUCUGGACAUGAUUAUGGGAGACUGCAUGGCAGCUGCAGACAAGGGAGAACCAGUGCUUGACCCAUACGGCAUUCGACGUAUGGCAUAUCCAUUGUUGUAUGCAUAUGUUGGAGACUACCCGGAACAGUGCAAGGUUGCAGGAACCAAGUCUGGACACUCAACCAAUUUUCCCUGCCCUCGCUGCAUGGUGCACCGGAAGCAGCUGGCAAAGACAGAAAUGCGGGCACAGCGAACGGUGGCAGCACAGAAGCACACAUGGAUGGAAAUGGGGCUUUGGAGAGUGGAACGCCAACUGUCACAGGUCGGAAUGGUCAGAUCAACAUGGACAAGCCAACUGGCAACCAUUGGCAGCAACUGUGUGCCACUGCUCCUGGGGACAUGGACCGUUUACAACCAACCAUUCGAGGAUCGCUGUUGGCUGGAGAAACAUGCGAUGCCACCAUUCACCUGCACACCGGUGUAGGUAUCCCAGGACGUGAGAACUAUGAUUUGUACAGCAGGCAUGCUCAGUAUGCCAGAGCCACACCUUCAUUCUACGGGAAACCUUGGUACUCUGAUGUAUCUAGAAAGGAGGCAGUGGCAGGACGGGUCCAUCGCGUGCGUUUUGGCAAGCUGCUGCUCAUGUUCACCCUUACAAAAACCAC